UAAGCCAAAGUGCAGAAUGCUAUGUCGGAAAAAGCAGUGGGGUGUGGUAGCCCUGUGCCUUGUGGUUUCCAUUUGGAAGAUUUACAAGUCAGUGUUCCUGGGAUCCUCAUCUUCCUCAAACAGCAUUGCCGAAUGGUCAAUAGAGUCAUUCUUGGAGGGAAAACCUUGUAACCCUAACAGAUGUUUCAGGAAUAGCAACUCGGACUGGUUCUGUGAACGCUUUGAACCCUCAGUAAACUGCCUGCUGCAUCCUGAAAAUCCAGACGUCCCCGCAAAGACCCAGCAAUGGUGGCUGAAACUGCAAAGAUCUCGGAAUGGGAACCAGCUCCAAGAGAUAAUAAAACAUCUGUUUGACAUCCUUUCAUCUCCCACUGCUAGAGCUCAUAAUAUUACCCACUGUGGAACAUGUUCUGUAGUUGGAAAUUCAGGGAAUCUGAGGAGCUCCAAAUAUGGUAAAAAGAUUGACUCUCACGAUUUUGUGCUGAGGAUGAACAAAGCACCCACUGCAGGCUUCGAGGAAGAUGUUGGAGCAAAAACCACUCACCAUUUCAUGUAUCCAGAGAGUGCUAUCAACCUCAAUCCUGGAGUCCAUCUGGUGCUGGUUCCAUUCAAACCUUUGGAUCUAGAAUGGCUGACCAGUGCUCUUUCCUCAGGAGAUAUUCAGUACACAUAUGAAAGAGUGAAACAAUUCAUCAAAGCAGACAAAGACAAGAUUCUAAUAGUGAAUCCCACCUUUCUGAAAUACAUCCAUGAUAAGUGGACCAAGAAACAUGGGAAGUAUCCUUCCACUGGAUUGAUUGCAUUGAUCUUCGCCAUCCACACUUGUACUCAGGUCUCUGUGUUUGGUUUUGGAGCAGACAGCAAUGGGAACUGGCACCACUUCUGGGAAGAGAACGAUAAUCCUGGAGGAUUCCACAAGACCGGGGUGCAUGAUGCUGUUUUUGAACAAAGGCUGAUUGAAAGACUAGCAACAGAAGGCAAAGUGGCCUUUUAUAAAUAGCUCGGGGAGAAAGGCAGCAUGGUCUAGUCCAGACCUGGGCAUUAUAUGGCCCGUAUGAGUCACAAAUAGUAAAAAAUGUUAACAUUUUGUCUACUA